AUGCCAUCCUCUAGUCGCACGACUCAGCUUGCACUUUGGCGCGAGAUUGUCUCUAAACGCCACGCGGGGACUACGCCAGUAAACCGACAUCUCGACUUCAUCCGAAGGCGUUUCGAUGAACUAGAAUCGAAUGGCUUUAUCUGGUCAAAGGAAUCGAUCCUUGGUAUCUUCCUUCAAAUCGGUCUGUCAGAAAGUUCACAUGGCCCUUUCUCAUCUGUCGACAAAUUACUCGAUUCUCGCAUUCUUCAAGGACUUGAGACUUCAUCUAGCGAAGUUGAAGAGGUCAUCCGAAACGAGGAAUUCCGACAUAAAUCUCAUCGUGUUGGCCUCAUGGAUCUACCGGUCGAAGUUUUUAACAACAUAGUCGAACACCUUGAUUGUAUGGCCAAGCUCGAAGCUGAGGAGAUUGAGGAGAAAAGAGAAGAGGGCCAGGUGAUGAUCUAUGGUUCAGCUGGCCGGAAGCCAUACUGGACCUACUUGCACCAACACCCGCCAAUCUUGAAUACCAUCCAGAACUUUUCACUUAUUUCUCGUGAGAACUUACAAUUUCCUACUUCUCUUCCGGCACCGAUUGAUCUAUGGACCAACGAUAUUCUCCUCAGACAUGGCUCCUAUGUUCAGUCUCUAUCGCUCAUGCUCUCCCAAAACUGUAGCGUACCUCUUGGUGGUCCUGUAGACUAUGAUCCCUUCUACGAUAACCUUAUAACCGACUUCCAAGAUGACCCUCCUAUAAAAUGGAUCUCUCCAAAGAAUAUUAGAGACCUGAUAGAUCGGUGCCCUAACCUUUCUACGCUAAGGUUUCAUUUUGACUAUGAUGAACCAUUUGAAGAUGAGGGUAGAAGAGCAGCCUUUAUGAUAGACCUAGUGCCGCUGUUAGCAAGUCUCAAACAACUUCGACAUCUGACAUUGGAGGAUGACUAUGCAAGCACUAUCGAGAAUGAAGUCACAUCAAAAGUUAUUCAGAGUCUACCUUUGCUCGAGUCCUUUACAUGUACUGGCCAUUCAACCUCCGAUGAUGAUAGAAAACUUGACAAUGCGUCUUUUGGAUUCAAUCUAUCAAAACUAAAAUCGUUAUCACGAUUGAAUUUAUGUCGAAUAGAUAUACAUGAUAACUGGUGUCUUUACAAUUGGCCCAGGACCAUCACCGAGCUUACAAUUCACGAUUGUUGGCGUCUAUUACCAAGUACAGCACAUGGGAUCAUUCAACACAUUACACCUCACCUAAGAAAGCUUGACAUCUCCUUCUAUUACGCAGUAGGAGAUGACAUCGGGGCAGUUGAUCCUGCCUGGAAUCCGCAAAUACGUUUCUCUCUUCCGGUUCUAGCCGACUUGAAGAUUUCUCCUUUGAACGCGACCCUACUGGACAGCUUUCAAAACUGCCUUUCUAUGAGUUGUCUUCAAGGGACGUACAAGUCACUAGAGCAUUGUCAGUCGCUAAACAAGAUUCUGUCAAAAGCUCCUUGGCCUCAGCUCAAGACACUGGUUGUCAGACCACAUAGUGAAUAUCUGAGUCCAACUGAAUUUGCUCAUCAAUAUCAAGAAAUUGAGGAUCAAUUGGUUCUAUUGGAGAAGUAUUGUGAACAAGGCAAAAUUGAAGCACUCAUUCUCCGGCGUACCGAGAGAGAUUGGUGA